UAAUUUUGUAUAUUCAAUAUUGAAAAGUAAAAACAUUUUUGAUAUUACCUAAAAAGUGUAUUCAAAAACAACCAUCAAUAACCAUUGUAUGCUUCAAUAUUUCAAUUAACAAGUGUGGCAACCAUUAUUAUUUGAUCGCCGAUUAGCUUAAAUUACAUAACCCAAAUGAAAUGCAAGCAAAAAGUGAACGAAAAACUUCAAAUUGAAAAUUAAUUGGAAAACGCGCGCACAAUGCAAAUUGUUAGACAUCAGCUAAGCCGAAAAUCAUCGCCAAUCAAGUAUCUGGCAGACGCCACUUAACGCGGAAAACUCAAACGCACUCAGAAACAAACAUACAAGCAUACUUACAUAUAACGAUUCAAGUGUCCAACUGUUGCACGCUUUAUAAAUCCUCCUUUGCAUAGCAGUUAGUGCGAAUGUAGAUUUCUGUGCGAGUGUGCGUGCUGCUCAUUCGGCGAUUAUGCGAUUUGAAUCAAUUUCUCAAAUCGCUCUCUGCCAACAAUCAAACAGCGAUUGCUACGCAUUUCUUAGCACAAACGCGCGGCUCGCGCACACGUCAUUUGCAUCUACAACUACCACAGCAACAACAACAACAAACCCCAGAGACGCUUAGAUAAACCGCUCGUUGAACGGCAUUUGAACGGUGAAUUGCAUCUGCGCAACUUUUUCACCAUCGCAAACGCAGCAAUCACCUGCGCCUGCGCAACUGCGUCCUCCCCCAAUUCAUACAAACUCACAUACACAGACUCGAGCACUCACACGAGGAUGGCUUAUGUAAUGUGGAAAAUAUUUAUGAAGCAAUAUUCGCGUUUUCGUUUCGAUUUGGCCAAUGCAACGGCGCCCAGCUCCGCCGCUUUGCUCAUGAGUCGCCCGCUCGCCGUCGUCGCCUACAAUCAGCCGGCCAUAUUGGCGAAUCCACAGCAAAGCAACAACAAUGCCAACAGCACAAACAGCAAUGAAAAUAACGGUCAAAAUAGCAACAAUAUACGUGGCAAUAGUACAAGUAGGCCACCUGAGGGUGAAGAGCAUGGCGUUGCAAUAUUAACAACAGCAACAACAACAACAAACAGCAGCAGUGCAAAUAAUUGCAACAACACUAACGGCAGCGCCGCAGAACACUUGGCGGAGGUGCUGGUUAUGCCGGUGAAUGACACAAAAGCGAUUACAGCAAAACCAACAAUAACAACAGCAGCAGCAGUUAUAGAAAUGCCAACAACUGUGCCGGAGGCCACAAAGCGUCACACCAACACAGCUGAUGAAAGCAGGCAUCAUGAAGCCGGCAUAAACAGCUGGAACUGUGGCAAUGUGGCACAAGCGGCAACUACAACAAAUACCACAAACGAGGCCAACACAAUGGUCGGGGUACGAAGUAGCGGUGCCACUGCACCAAUUGCGCAAGAGGAAGACGACGUCGAGGAGGAGGUUUGGUAUUCCGGCGAGGAGGACGGUGGUGGACGAGAUGGCGAGUCGGUGGAAAAACAACUGCAGAAUUGCUGCUGUUUGGUCAAUGACAACGAACAGUGUUGCCAAGUCGAUAUCGAUUUGAAUGUUAAUGCAAUUGCAACAACAACAACAACUACUACAACAACAACAGCUGAAGAGAAGCCGGUGCAGCGCAGCAAAUCGCGCGUGCGCACAUAUUUGAAGCGGUGCAAAGAUCGAUUGACGGGUCAGCAUCAACAGGCGGUCGCCAAUGCAGCGAAUGCCACCACAACAGCAACAACAACAACCCCAACAACGGCCACCAAAAUGUAUGUGCAAGAUGAAAAGUGCAAAGAAUCGAUUGGCGUUGAGGUGUCGAAUGCAGCGCCCAAUCGUAGCACCCACAAAGUCACUGCUCCUGAAGAAACUAAGCAGAAAGAAGAGGAGGAGGUGAAUGGGGCGGAUGAGGAAGUUGCAAGGAAGGCGUGCACCACUACAUUAAUUGCCACCACAGAGCGACAGCCCGAUGCAGCAGCGUGUACACUAUUAACACUGAGCGAGAUGCCUGUGGAAGAAGAAGAGUUCGUGGCGGCGGAGGAGGCUGAGUCAGAGUCGCUGGGGCUGAACGAAGAAGCGCACUUAACAGCAAGCGAACAAUCGGUGUUGACUUACGAUGAUAUUGACUUUAGUUUGCCGUCGACGUCAGUGUUGAUGGACAACGGCGGCAGCAGUGUGAAUGUUAGUGUUGACCAACAACAGCCAACGACACCGUUGACCUCUGCUGAACAAAAGCGCGACGCCCUCACUUUGACCGCUGCUGCAGAGAUUGAAGUCGAAGUUGAUGACUCGGGUGAUUUAACUGUCGAACAAGAGACAAGACAGCUGCAACAACAACAAUACCAACAACAACAGCAACAAACACAAAUCGCCAGCUUACAACACGUCAAACUAAAGUGCUCGACAGCCGUUGAAGGUGUUAAAGAAGAAUUACAACAACAACAACCACUCAUCAGUAUCAACAGCAGCUGUCCGCCACUUGUCAAGGAGGAACAAUUGGCCUACACCAUACAUAUGGACUCGGGCACCGCGGCGCUGGUUGAUAAACACCUCGCCGCCAUUUAUCCUGUCUUUACGGCAUGCACACGCUCGAUUUUAAUACGCCAAGCACGUGAUUUACUCGUCUGUUCCUAUCUCGGUUGCCUGCAGUCGUUCGAAAUGAAAUUCUUAUGCAAAUUUGCCGAAAUCGCUGCGGAGCUGCGGCAACGGCACGCCAUCGGUGUGAAUGUCUUGUGGCGUAAAGGAUGGCCACUUACCACCGCAACAGGCGAAGUUAUUCUACAUUUGGGGGCUCUUGAUGAUGCCUUAGUGCGUCCAGGCGAUUUAUAUUUGUGCGUGAAAAGUGUUGAUAAAACGGAAACGCCACAAUUGUAUGUUGUCUGGCGGAACGCCUCAAACGGCUUACAAAUACAACAACAACAAACACAACAGACGCACGCAAGUGCAACGGCCACAUUGGCUGUCAACGACGCAGCAGCAACAGCAAUUCAAAGUCAUUGCAUCGAUUUCAACGCAACACAAACUACUACUGCAACAGCAGCAGCAGCAGGAACAGCAACAACCACCACCGCACCAACACAUUUAAGCGCAUUAACACUCGAAAUGUUGACGAGUGACGAAUUGCCGCAAUUGUUGCAACAUUUGCUGGUGGGCGUUGAGCACAGCAUCGAGCGGGUCUCGUUGAAUGAGCUGCAAAUGCCCGCCUCGACGACGGCAACAACAACACGAAUGCCGCUAGCAACCGAUGAGGCCAACAAUAAUGGCAUAAGCGGUAGCGGUAGCAACAACAACAACCAUAAUAAUAAAAACAUUGCAAGCAGCUUAUUGCGCUGCAGCAACAACAAUACAAUCACCAACUCACCAAAAUGUGCAUUACGACGCAGCGAAUUGAUCACCAAAAACAAAGUCCUUAACAACAAAUUCAUGCUGCGACGCCUGACCAAUCGGCAGGAUAGCAUGAAUUCCACAUCAUCGGGCCAGAGUUGCGGCAGCAGCGGUAGCACCUCGAGCGAUGAGCUAAUGCGCUGCAACGGCAGUCAUCACAACACAUACAACAACAACCACAAUAACAGCAACAAUCACAAUAAUAUCAAUUCGACGAGUGGCAAUGCCAACACAUUGGAUCCGUCGAAAAUGGUCGCAGGCUCAACGAAUUCGGCGAGCACCUCACCGGCAUUGCCACUCUUCUGUUUGGGCAAUUCAUUUCCGCACAUCGACAGCGAUGAGGAGAAUGCGGACGAGAAGCGCAGCGCACACGGCGAGGAUCAAUUUGAGUGUGAAAUCGUGCCACCUGCUUCGAUCAGCGAAAUACCCGAGAAGCUCUUAACCACAUCGGGCAUUUAUCUGCCGGGCACCACCGAUCUGAAAGGCCAACCAAUUGUCACUGUCGAUGCGGAAUGUGUACUGGCAGCCGGUCUAAAUUGCUAUGAAAUCGCAACGGUGCUACUCUACUACAGUACGAUACCUGAAAGAACGUCAACUGUGAAUGCUAAUGACCGUACCACAACGCAGCAACAGCCUUCAAUGCAACAACACAACCACCAACAACAGUCAACAGCAGAACCAGCGUCCAUCAACCGUCCGUCGACACCGAAAAUGGCGCGAGCAGCGGUCGCAGCGACGCCGCUGGCUUCUGGCAGCAACUCCGCAAGUGUGUCAGUCACCUCAAAUGUCACAACAGCCACCGGCAACGCCGUUAAAUCACCCGCCCAUGCAACUGCUGGCAACAACAACGGCAACACCGUUGCUGCAACACCAACGUUCACCAUUCUAAUUGCCAUCGAAAAGUCGAGCCAAAUGUGCGUAAUCGACUUAAUUUGCCAAAGUCUGCGUUUGCUGACAAGGCAAAUUGCGUAUUGCGAAAUUCUUGCUGUUUGCCUCGAACACAAGUUAUUGCCACCACAAAAACAACAACAACAUGAGCAACAGCAGCACUCAGCAUUUGGCAAUAAUACGGCUCUCAGCAGUUGCGGUAAUGACGAGAAUAACGAAAGUUGCAUAAAGGAGCAACAACAACAGCAACAGCAACCACCGACAGCAUUGCAACAACAAAAACAACAUUCGUUGAAAUUCAUUAGCGUCAAUGAAGUCACGACAAGUGUUGCACCAUCGCAAAUACCGUACGGCAAAUUGCAAGGUUUGCAUCAUCACGACGCGCGGAAGUGGCGCGAAUUCUUCGUCGCACUGGAACCCUUUCAGCGGCAAUGUGCCACGGCGGGCCAACGGCUAGUGGCCGCCAUGAGUGACAUACGCUCCGCCGACCUGCAGGGCCUACCCACACGUCGGCAAUUGUAUGCGCAACAUCGCGCGUUAAGUCGCGCGCUUAUGGAUUCUGAAUUACAUAAUUUGCGCAAGCGCGGCGCUUUACAGUUAGCGCAUCUGCAUGAGCUGGCCAAAGCGUUUGCGGCAGUUGCAGCAGCGCCGACUACUGACGAAAAUAGCCACAAUCAUAAUGGCAAUAUCAGCGCGACUAACAGUAGCAAAAACAACAACGCGCGCUAUUACAACAACAAUCGCCACAGCAGCAGCAGUGGCAGCGGCAACAAACUACUGUCCACCAUUUCAUCCAUCAGCCAUCUCGGUUUUGGUGGCAGUUAUAGCUUUGGCAUGACACAUCAACCACAACACCAACAGCAACAACAACAGUCAUCACACAAUUGCCCCGCUGUGUCCAAGUACAGCACAAUGACGUCAUGCGAUGCCAUCAGUCGGCCAACAGUAGCUGGCAGCGCGUCGGUAGCCGCUAAUAAUGCCGUUGCAGUGGAUAACUGUAGUGCAGCAGACAGCGUGGAUGUUGCAAUUAGACUGCACAAAGUGACAUUACUAUUCAAUGAGGUCGAUCGCGCCGCCAAGCGGCUGGAACAGCUCACGGAGCAACGUCGUGAGCGCUUGCGUGAAUUGACGCGUCAGCGUGCGCUGGAGGAUGAAAUUAACGAGGUAACAUCUUGGAUCACCAGUGAUGGCAAUGAAACGCUACAACGGUUCGCUAGUCUUCAGCUAGACUGUGAAGCCGCCAUAAAAGAGCAGGAGCAAGAGUUUGAAAAAUAUUAUUUCAUUUCGAUGAAACACUUGGCUAAGGGCCGCGAUCUACACGAGGCCGCAGUCAACAUUGAGCCACUGCGCGAGAGCGCCAUCAACCUGAAGUCCGCACUCGAUUGCUUCGCGGAAAAACUAGAGUUGGCGCGUGAACGUAUAGAAGCCGCGACUAGAUUACAACAACUAUUGCUGAUGCACAAUCACGAGCCGCACUUGCAACCGGAAAUGCAAAGGUUGGCCGAAUUGUCAGGCGCCACACAGCUGCUAGAGAAAUUCCGACAGGAACAGCGAGAGAACGGCAAUAACGAGCCGGCAUCGGCGCAAACGGAAAUAGCAGAAACACCGAACAACAAUAAGAACAACAAACCAAAUAGCCUUAACCUCACACUCAACUAUCGCAGCAACAGCAGCACCACCAGCAGCCUUACCAAACAACAACAAUUACAACAGCAACUACAACAUGUCGCCGUCAUAACGAGUACGCCGCUGCCGCGCAUGAACCGUCUGAGUCAUCGCUCCAGUUCGGGUAUCGGUUCAUUUGACGGUCAAACCUGUCACUGUUGGCGUGAGAGUCGCAAUAUGGAGGAUAUGGAUGAAAUGCUGGACGCCGACGGUGAGGAACUCGAAAUGGAGGAUGGCGAGGAGGAGCAAUCGAAAAUUGCCGAUUCCGGUGUGGGCGGUUGUGAGCGCUGCGACGGCAAUCCGAAGUUGACGCGCAUCUGCUCGUGUCAGAGCCUCAACGAGGCGGCCAAUUUGUACAGCAAGAGCGAUGAGCUCGACUUCGAGUGCUAUGAGCGCUCUAGCAAACGUUAUAAUGACAUACACUCACCCAUGGAGGCGAAUGCGCAUCUGCAGUACCACGCCUCAAGUUUGGAAUUGUCGAAGUUGGAUGAACUCAGUUUCUUGGAUCCGAAAAUACAAAAAACGCUUCUAUUGAUCAUGCGUGAAAUGAUUGGCACGGAACGCGACUAUGUACACUCGUUGAAUUAUGUCAUUGAAAAUUAUGUUGACGAGUUGUUGCGCGAAGACAUACCGCAGCCGUUACGCGGCCAACGUAAUGUCAUUUUCGGCAACAUUGAGAAGAUCUCCGAAUUCCACAAAUGGCAUUUUCUCAAUGAACUGGAACGUUAUGAACGUAACCCAUUGAAGGUUGGCAGCACCUUCUUGGAAAUGGAAUCGAAAUUCUAUUUGUAUGCGCUUUACAAUAAGAAUAAACCGAAAAGUGAUACGCUAAUGAGUGAAUAUGGCACGGCAUUCUUUAAGUCCAAACAGUUCGAAUUGAAUGAUAAAAUGGACUUGGCCUCAUAUUUACUGAAGCCCGUACAGCGUAUGGGCAAAUAUGCCUUACUAUUGCAGCAAUUGGUGAAAGCUUGCAAUUCCGUUGAGGGUGCUGCAAUGCAAGAGAUUGCCGCCGAUGUGGAAGAACUGCAACGCGCUGAGGAAAUGGUUAAAUUUCAACUACGUCAUGGUAAUGAUCUACUAGCUAUGGAUUCGUUGCGAGACUGUGAUGUCAAUGUAAAGGAACAAGGACGUUUGCUGCGACAAAAUGAGUUUUUGGUAUGGCAAGGACGUGGCGGUAAGAAGUCACUGCGUCAAGUCUUUCUCUUCGAAGAUCUUGUGCUGUUUAGUAAAGCACGUCGGUUUCCAGAUCAAAAGAACUUGGACAUUUAUUUAUAUAAGAACAGCAUCAAGACCUCGGAUAUUGGUUUAACUGCGCAUGUGGGAGAUUCGAAAACGAAAUUUGAAAUUUGGUUCCGCAAACGCAAACCGGAAGACACUUGGACGUUGCAAUGUAUGUCGGAGGACAUCAAAAAUGCUUGGGCCGAGGAAAUAUCGAAGUUGCUAUGGAAGCAAGCGAAUCGAAAUCGAGAAAUUCGCCUAGCCGAAAUGUCUUCGAUGGGAAUCGGCAGCAAACCGUGUCUCGACAUACGUCCCAGCAACAAUCAAAUUAACGACCGCUCCAUAACGAUAUCACAGCUCGGCAAAGCGCCCAAAUUGCGUCACUCCUUCGCCGGCUUGCAUUUGGAUGUCUCGAAGAGCGCACGCCGACCCAACUCGCUCAUCUCCGAGAGCUCACUGUCGAGCGGCACGAGCAGUUCCUCAAUCAGCACAGGCAGCUCUUCCGGGCAUGAGCGCCUGGGUGGCAACGCUUGCAAUAGCAAGACCACACCUGGCGGUCAUCAUGCGCUCGAGCUAAUCAACGAGACGCAAACUUUAAUGCUGAGCGGUGUUGGCGGUGCCGCAGCGGCGAAUGCGUCCACGAGUGGCACGAACACGAAUACGUUGAGUAGUAGCGGCAGCAGUGGACGCAGCGCCCACAGUGGCAGUGGAAAAGGUGGCGCCGGCGGCAGUGGCGGCUCAGCGCGCGCCAAACGCUCAACAACGCUUGUCAGUCAACUCUCCAUGGAAAGCGGCAUACUCUCCGACAUCUCAAUGACGCCCGAUCAUGAGCCAACGGACAUAACCUGCAAUUGGUUAAAUGCCACAACAACAGCAACAACAACCACAGAGAAAUCAUCACCAAACGCCAGCAGCACAACGGCCACCAUUGGUGAUAGUACAGUUAUAUUGCGACGCCAUCGUUUUCAUCUCACCAAACAACACAAAGAAUCGCAACAACAACAACAAACAGCACCAGCGGCCUUACCGUAACACAUAAGUGAACCAUAUAAUUGCAAGCGGUGUUCUAGCAUUGUUUAAAUGAGUUUCGAAACAAUUUCGAGUUUUCGAAAUUUGAAAAACGCCGUUAGACUAGCACAUAGUACCGAAAAUUAAAAAAAAAAAAACGAAAAAAAUACUUAGUACUAAUUUUUAAAUAAUUUAAUUUUUAUAAUUAUUGGAAUUAGUGAAAUACGUUAUUUUUAAAUGCUAAGUGUUUUUAUGUGUACACACAAUAAUACUAAAUUUCCUUAAAAAACAUGCAUACAAACAUGAACAAAUUCAUCUGUGCUUACAUACAUAACAUUUUUUUGUUAAUUUUUUUGUUUUUGUUGUAUAUUUUUUUCAUUUUAAUUACAUUUUAGUUUUAAUACUAAGCCAUAGCAAAAAAACAUAUUUUCAAGCAUUUUUAUUAUUAAUAAUAUGAAUAACAACAAAAUAAAAUAUUGUUAAAUAAUAUGUAUGUAUGUAGUUAUAAAUCAUUGAACCAGUGCUAUAUGCCCUUUCGCUUUAAAUACUUAAAAUAUAUAUAUUUACAUAAUUAAAACACAACAGUUUUUAUAA